CCAAAUUAACGAAAUACUCUUUAUUCGAACGACACCGGGAUCUCUUGUUCAGUAGAUCACCAGCCUUUCUCCGACGUUUAUUACGAAUCAUUCGGUGACUCGGUGACAACUACAACUUUUGUGUGUGGAGUGCGAAAAGAUUUCAAUUUAGUUUCACGCCUACAAAUUUUUGUUACUGGAGGAUAACAACUGCAUUGCAGGGAAUUCGAAAUUUUUUCACCACAAUAUCCAGACACAAGACGCGGCCGAUAACAAAGUGUUCACCUGAGUGAAAAACUUAUCAUAAUUUUUAUUUAAAAAUUACACAAAUAAAAUAUACAUAAAUCUUAAUUUUAUAAAUUAAAUUUACAAACAAGUAAAAUGUCCUCGUCGCAAGCAGUACGCUCAUCGAAAUACUCCUAUAGGGCCACCUCAACUGGACCGAGUGGAGCCGAUAUCUCCAUUGAAUACAGCGCUGAUUUGGCCGCCCUCUCACGCUUGGAGGAUAAAAUCCGUUUGCUCCAAGAUGAUCUUGAAGCCGAACGUGAAUUGCGCCAAAGGAUCGAGCGUGAGAAAGCCGAUCUCAGCGUUCAAGUCAUUCAGAUGUCCGAACGUCUCGAGGAAGCUGAAGGUGGCGCUGAACAUCAGUUCGAGGCAAAUCGCAAGCGUGAUGUCGAAUUAUUGAAGCUCCGCAAAAUGCUUGAGGAUGUCCACCUCGAAUCCGAAGAAACUGCCAUUCUUCUGAAGAAGAAGCACAACGAAAUUAUCACGGAUUUCCAAGAACAAGUCGAAAUCCUAACGAAAGCGAAGUCUCGGGCUGAGAAGGAGAAAUCCAAAUUCCAAGCCGAAAUUUACGAAUAUAUCUCCCAAAUCGAGUCCUACAACAAGGAAAGGAUCGUUACCAGCAAGCAUGUCGAAAGGCUGGAAGUAUCCAUCUCCGAGUUAAAUGUGAAGAUUGAGGAAUUGAACCGCACUGUUAUCGAUAUUACAUCACAUAAGACCCGCCUGUCGCAAGAGAACAUUGAAUUGAUCAAGGACGUCCAAGAUCUCAAGUCCCAACUGGACACUGUCUCAUAUUCCAAGAGCCAAGUCAUCUCUCAAUUGGAAGAUGCUCGCCGCCGAUUGGAAGAUGAAGACCGUCGUCGUUCUAUGUUGGAAUCUUCUCUUCAUCAAGUUGAAAGCGAAUUGGAAUCGACUCGCAUCCAACUCGAAGAAGAAUCAGAAGCACGUAUUGACUUGGAACGUCAGUUGGUCAAAGCCAAUGCUGAUGCUAUUUCCUGGCAAAACAAAUACCAGACUGAAGCAGCUGCUCGCGCAGAGGAGGUCGAAGAAAUCCGUCGUAAGUACCAAGUGCGCAUCACCGAGCUCGAGGAACAUGUUGAAACACUGAUCGUAAAGAUCAACAACUUGGAAAAACAAAAGACUCGCUUGGCCAGCGAAGUUGAAGUGCUCAUUAUCGAUUUGGAGAAAUCGAACAACACUUGCCGCGAAUUGACCAAAUCCGUCAACACCUUGGAGAAGCACAACAUUGAAUUGAAGAGCCGUCUCGAUGAAACAAUCUUGCUGUACGAGACUAGCCAACGUGAUCUGAAGAACAAACAUGCCGAUUUGCAACGCACCAUUCAUGAAUUGGAGAAGGUCAAGGAUGCUAACAGCCAAUUCGCACGUGAGAACAAGAAAUUAGGAGAUGAUCUCCAUGAGGCCAAGGGUACAAUCAGUGAAUUGACCCGCCGUUUGCAUGAGUUGGAAUUGGAGCUACGUCGUUUGGAGAAUGAGCGCGAUGAAUUGACCGCUGCUUACAAGGAAGCCGAGGCUGGUCGCAAGGCUGAGGAACAACGCGCUCAGCGCUUGUCCGCUGACUUCAACCAGUACCGCCACGACGCCGAACGCCGCCUUGCUGAGAAGGACGAAGAAAUUGAGGCUAUUCGCAAACAAACUGCCAUCGAAAUCGAGCAAUUGAAUGCUCGCGUCAUUGAAGCCGAGACUCGCUUGAAGACCGAAGUCCAACGCAUCAAGAAGAAGUUGCAGGUGCAAAUCACCGAACUGGAAAUGUCCUUGGAUGUGGCCAACAAGACCAACAUUGACUUGCAGAAGGUUAUCAAGAAGCAGUCAUUGCAAUUGACCGAAUUGCAAGCCCACUACGAGGAUGUUCAACGCCAGUUGCAGGUUACUUUAGAUUCGUACAAUGUGGCUCAGCGCCGCUUGACUGCACUUAACGGUGAACUGGAAGAAGUCCGCUCGAAUUUGGACAGCGCUUUACGUGCUAAGCGCACUGUUGAAUUGCAGUACGAGGAGGCGCAGACCCGCAUCAAUGAACUGAGCAUCGUCAACGUCAACUUGGUGUCGUUGAAGUCGAAGUUGGAGCAAGAAUUGUCGGUUGUUGCCGCAGAUUACGAGGAAGUCACCAAAGAAUUGAGAAUCAGUGACGAACGUUACCAGAAGGUUCAGGUUGAAUUGAAGCACUCCAUUGAAUUGGUGCAUGAGGAACAAGAGCGCGUCGUCAAAUUGGAAACCAUCAAGAAGUCUCUGGAAGUCGAAGUCAAGAACUUGGCCAUUCGUCUGGAAGAGGUUGAGCUGAACGCUGUCGCUGGCAGCAAGCGCAUCAUCAGCAAGUUGGAGGCACGCGUACGCGACUUGGAACUGGAGUUGGAGGAAGAGAAGAGGAGACACGCCGAGACCAUCAAGAUCUUGAGAAAGAAGGAACGCACCGUCAAGGAAGUCAUGGUACAAUGCGAGGAGGACCAGAAGAACAUUAUCUUGUUGCAGGAAGCUUUGGACAAGUCUACCGCCAAGGUUAACUUGUUCAAACGUCAAUUGGCCGAACAGGAGGGUAUGUCCCAACAGUCCGUGACCCGCGUCCGCCGUUUCCAGCGUGAACUUGAAGCUGCCGAAGAUCGUGCCGAAUGCGCCGAGUCCAACUUGAACAUAAUCCGCGCCAAGCAUCGCACAUUCGUCACCACCUCCACUGUUCCCGGCUCCCAGGUCUACAUUCAGGAGACAACAAGAACGAUCACCGAAUAAAUUAUUUAAAGCAAUUAAAAACAACUGAACAUUUUUAUUAUAAUUUAAAGUUUAUGAAGCAACGGAGAACAACACAACAACAACCGCAAAGAAAGUUAUUAAAACAAGACCAACAACAACAGAGACAAAAUCGACAACAUCGACAACUACUUCGGUUUUCAAGCAGCGAGUGAGCAACUUUCUAAUUGAAAAAGUUCCAGAAGCGUUCACAUCGCAGCAGUUCAUGUAUUUUCAAAUUAAACAAAUGAACAACAAAUAAACUAUAUAAACUAUA